AUGUCGUCCGCGCGGCCGUCUUUCUCUCUCAUUCUCCCGUCUAUUGUCUUCGGCCUUUGUUUAGGUUCAGCCUUGACCUACAGCAUGCUGUUCCUGAAUGACUACACACACAGUUUUUCCGAAGUAGGAAUUCGGGGAAUCGCACCAACGCAGGCUAACGUCGGCUGGCAUCCCAUUCAUGUAUAUUACGGCGACGCGGUGGGACUGCAGGCGGACCCGUCGCCCGAGGCUUGGUUUGCUCAAGUCCACCAGGACGAGAUUGUCAUGGAUCUAAUCGGCAACGACGGUUAUUUCAUUGAUUUGGCCGCCAACGAUGCCAAGGAAUUGUCCAAUACGUUGGCCUUGGAACGGCACGGUUGGCACGGACUCUGCAUUGAACCGAAUCCGAACUACUGGUACGGGCUUUCGCACCGAAACUGUACCGUCAUUGGAGCGUUGGUGGGUGGUGACACACCACCAGGCAGCCUACCCGACAAAGUCCCCGUCAAAUUCCGUGGCGUGUAUGGAGGUAUGGUCACCGUCAUGGACGACAAAAUGGCCAAUCGCAAAAAGGAACCUGACGCACCGAUCGAAUACCGCUAUCCAGCUUCAUUUGCCAAAGUUCUGGAACAGUUCAAUGUUCCGUCCGUCAUUGACUACCUUAGUUUAGACGUGGAAGGAGCCGAGUACAUGAUUCUGCAACAUUUUCCUUUCGAUCGGUACCAAAUUCGCAUCAUGACUGUCGAACGUCCAAACAAGCAGCUCAAAUCGCUCUUGCUAGAAAAUGGGUAUGUCUUCUUGAAGGACUUGGUGUGGUGGGGCGAAACACUUUGGGCGCACCAGAGUACGGGCUUGACGCCCGACCAUCCCCAAAUUGCCAAGAUCAACACCAUCCAACCCUAA